UCCAGUCCUCGCUGCGCCGCGGGCUGGUGGGCUUCGCUGAGGCUCGCGUGCGGGGAAAUGACCCUGCCCGGGGGCCCGACGAGCAUGGCGCGGCCGGGGGGCGCGGGGCCCUGCAGCCCGGGGUUGGAGCGGGCCCCGCGCCGGAGUGUCGGGGAGCUGCGCCUGCUCUUCGAGGCGCGCUGCGCGGCGGUCGCUGCCGCCGCCGCCGCAGGGGAGCCCCGGGCCCGCGGGGCCAAAAGGCGUGGGGGACAGGUCCCGAACGGGCUUCCGCGGGCUCCCCCUGCCCCGGUGAUCCCGCAGCUGACUGUGACAGCUGAGGAGCCGGACGUACCCCCGACCAGCCCGGGGCCACCGGAGCCGGAGGGUGGCUGGCUCCCGGCCGUGGGCUCCUCACACCUGCAGCAGCCGCGCCGCCUCUCCACCUCGUCGCUCUCCUCUACUGGCUCCUCGUCGCUGCCCGAGGACUCAGAGGACGAUCUGCUGAGCGACAGCGAAAGCCGGAGCCGCGGCAACGUGCAGCUGGAAGCCAGCGAGGACGUGGGUCAGAAAAGCCACUGGCAGAAGAUUCGGACCAUGGUGAAUCUGCCCGUCAUGAGCCCUUUCAAGAGGCGCUAUGCCUGGGUGCAGCUGGCUGGGCACACGGGGAGUUUCAAGGCGGCUGGCACCAGCGGGCUGAUCCUGAAGCGCAGCUCAGAGCCGGAGCGCUACUGCCUGGCGCGGCUCAUGGCGGACGCGCUGCGCGGCUGCGUGCCCGCCUUCCACGGCGUGGUGGAGCGCGACGGCGAGAGCUACUUGCAGUUACAGGACCUGCUCGACGGCUUCGAUGGGCCCUGCGUACUUGACUGCAAGAUGGGCGUCAGGACUUACCUGGAAGAGGAGCUGACCAAAGCCCGCGAGCGGCCUAAGCUGCGGAAGGACAUGUACAAGAAGAUGCUGGCGGUAGACCCGGCGGCUCCUACCGAGGAGGAGCACGCGCAGCGCGCGGUCACCAAGCCACGCUACAUGCAGUGGCGAGAAGGCAUCAGUUCCAGCACCACACUGGGCUUCCGCAUCGAAGGCAUCAAGAAAGCUGAUGGCUCCUGCAGCACCGACUUCAAGACGACGCGAAGCCGGGAGCAGGUGAUUCGUGUCUUCGAGGAGUUUGUGCAAGGGGAUGCGGAAGUGCUGAGGAGGUAUCUGAACCGCCUGCAGCAGAUCCGGGACACUCUGGAGGUCUCUGAGUUCUUUAGGAGGCACGAGGUGAUCGGCAGUUCGCUGCUCUUCGUGCACGAUCACUGCCAUCGCGCCGGUGUGUGGCUCAUUGACUUCGGCAAGACCACGCCCCUCCCUGACGGCCAGACCCUGGACCACCGGCGGCCCUGGGAGGAGGGCAACCGCGAGGACGGCUAUUUGCUGGGGCUGGACAAUCUCAUUAGCAUCCUGGCCAGCCUGGCUGAGAGAUGAGGCUGGGCCCUGGUUCUGACAGAUGGACCUGCGGCCGUGUCCACACCAUGCAUGCAGCCAGAGACUGAAACCCUGCGGUGCCGGGAGGUUCACACGGUUCUGAAGGCCAAGUGCCAACCACCAUGGGACGCACUGCACGAGCAGGGGGCUGUCUCCAACUGAUGGCACUAAUUAACCCAGGGAGGGGGGUAGGGAGGCUGGCUGGGACAAUGGCCUCCUUCCUCAGCCCAGCUCUCUUGAGGGGGCUGCAUAUCUCUCUAGAGAGGCCAGAUAAUGAAUUUUAUUUCGCAGACACUAGAUCUAUUGGUCUAACCUCCCACACUACAAUGGACAGCCUUUGCCAAUAAAACUCAAAGACACCA